GUAAGAUUUGCACGCUCUUUUUUCACGGCCAACUCACAUUUCUCCAAAUCCAUAGACCCUCGUUAGGGCACUGCACGUGAACACUCCGAGCAUUGUGAGCCGGACUGCCCACCUUGACAAAUUUUCGUGCGUCUAACAACUCACAGCCGAAGUUCAACGUUCUACUAACCGUCCCCUGUGCAGUCGUCAGGUCAGCAAACCACAUCUAUCAUCAACCAAGACGCUUUAUUAACAUAUUACAGAAUGGUUGCCGCUAAGCACGUCAAGAUCGUCAAGAAGCGCACGAAGCGCUUCGAGCGUCACCAGAGUGAUCGCUUCAAGUGUGUCGACCCCAGCUGGCGCAAGCCUAAGGGUAUCGACAGCCGUGUCCGACGACGAUUCCGCGGCACCAUUGCCAUGCCCUCUAUCGGCUAUGGCUCCAACAAGAAGACCCGCUACAUGACCCCCUCCGGCCACAAGGCUUUCCUCGUCAGCAACGUCAACGAUGUCGAGCUUCUCCUUAUGCACAACCGAACCCACGCUGCCGAGAUUGCCCACAACGUCUCGUCGAGGAAGCGAGUUGACAUCAUUGCCCGCGCCAAGCAACUGGGUGUCAAGGUCACCAACCCCAAGGCGAAGGUUACCACCGAGGUUUAAAAGGAAAUGGAUCGGUUAUUGGGCUGCUUUACGGUUAUGCAUCGGAAAGGGGUUUGCGUUACUUGCGGUUCUGGCACAUAGCUCCAUGGCAUGCUAGAGAAUAAAAACGCGCCGUUGAACGACAAUGAUAUCUGGCAUCAACCGCUUGAGCAGCAAAAUCUCUUUGAGUCGGAAGUGACAUGGAAUAAAUGUCUGAUCCACUCGAAACUGAUGAGGUCUCUGAUGGGGGUUCGGGUGAACAUAUUGUGAAUUGUGGAUGAGACCAUGAAAAUAAACAAGACUCCCUAUGAGGGCCCCAUCUGCUCCCCCAAUGCCCUCGAAAUAUUGACCGUUUCACUUCUGCAGCGAAUCUUGAUUAUGUCGUCGGUGCCUACACAAGCCCGAACUUGGUUGCAAUAAUCCGCGAGGCUAGACAAUCCUGUGGGUGUCUUCCCUGGCUCUUGGACACAAUCAGGAUAAUGAAUGAUGAAUGCCUGAGAGCUUUGUCGUUCGCAAACAGAUUCAUCAACACACUUCGCUGCAUCUUCAAUAAGACAAUGCUAAGUUGAGGAAACCGUGACUUGAUGACAAAGAUCACAGCCUUGAAGUGAAGCAAACUGAUGUCCAUUAGGACGACAUGAUGAAAGUCUAGGAGAACCAACUUCAAACAAAAUUUAAAUACAUCCCAAGAGCACGCUUCACUGCAACUAUGCCCCUCUUAAAAGCUGAAGACUGAUGCCUUCGUCUGGAAAAGGUAUAAAGAAGAGUUUGUCCUAAUGGUGCUACCCUGGCGGUUGGCAGGCAGCUGCCACUUGCCUCGCACUUGCCCAAUAUCAUAUUCUCA